AUGGGGCCCCCAUCCAGCUCUGGCUUCUACGUGAGCCGCGCGGCAGCCCUGCUGCUGGCCGGGCUGGCUGCCGCACUCCUGCUGGCGCUGGCAGUGCUCGCCGCUCUGUAUGGCCGCUGCGCGCGUGUCGCGCCGUCGGAGCUUCACCACGGCGGGGACCAGGACGCCGCGCCUUCCCCGCCCGGCGAGCAGAAGGAGUCGCCGCCGACUCGGCAGUCGGACCCCACUCUUGAGCCGGCGGUGACGGCCACCCUGGGCAAGGGGCGACCCUUCGGGCCCUGGGACCAGCUGCGCCUGCCGCGUUGGCUCGUGCCACUGCACUACGAGCUGGAGCUGUGGCCGCGGCUGAAGCCAGAUGAGCUCUCAGCUCCGGCGUUGAGCUUCACUGGCCGCGUGAACAUCACAGUGCGCUGUGCGGUGGCCACUGCGCGGCUGCUGCUGCACAGCCUCUUCCUGGACUGUGAGAGAGCUGAGGUGCGGGGUCCUCUGUCCUCGGGCACUGGAGACGCCACCGUGGGCCACGUGCCGGUGGAGGACGUGUGGUUCGCCUUGGAGAUGGAGUACAUGGUGCUGGAGCUCCGCGAGGCUCUGCAGCCCGGGAGUCUCUAUGAGCUGCAGCUCAGCUUCUCCGGCCCGGUAUACCAGGACAAAAGGGAGGGACUCUUCCUCAACGUCUACAUGGACCAGGGUGUGCGCAGGGCCCUGUUAGCAUCUCAGAUGGAACCAACAUUUGCCAGGAAUGUUUUCCCUUGUUUUGAUGAACCAGCUCUGAAGGCAACUUUUAAUAUUACAAUUAUUCAUCAUCCAAGUUAUGUGGCCCUUUCCAACAUGCCAAAGCUAGGUCAAUCUGAAAAAGAAGAUUUGAGUGGAAGCAAGUGGACUGUUACCACUUUUUACACUACACCCUACAUGCCAACUUAUUUAGUCGCAUUUGCUAUAUGUGACUAUGACCAUGUCAACAGAACUGAAAGGGGCAAAGAGAUACGAAUCUGGGCCCGGAAAGACGCCAUAGCAAAUGGACAUGCAGACUUUGCUUUGAACAUCACAGGUCCCACCUUCUCUUUUCUGGAAGAUUUAUUUAAUAUUAGUUACCCUCUUCCGAAAACAGAUGUAAUUGCCUUGCCUACUUUUGACGACCGUGCAAUGGAAAAUUGGGGACUAUUGAUGUUUGAUGAAUCAUUAUUAUUGCUGCAACCAGAUGAUCAACUAACAGAAAAAAAGACAGUGAUCUCCUGCAUUGUCUCCCAUGAGAUUGGACAUCAGUGGUUUGGAAACUUGGUUACCAUGAGUUGGUGGAACAAUAUCUGGCUCAAUGAAGGUUUUGCAUCUUAUUUUGAGUCUAGAGUAAUUAACUACUUCAAUUCUAAACUCUCGAGAAAUGAGAUUUUUUUUUCUGACAUUUUACAUGAUGUUCUCAAAGAAGAUCACGCCCUGGUAUCUAGAGCUGUAUCCAUGAAGAUGGAAAAUUUCACAGAAACAAAUGAAAUAAAUGAGCUCUUUGACUUAUUUACUUAUAACAAGGGAGCGUCUAUGGCCCGGAUGCUUUCUGGUUUCCUGAAUGAGAAUUUAUUUAUCAGUGCACUUAAGUCGUAUUUGGAGACAUUUUCUUACUCAAACGCUGAACAAGAUGAUCUAUGGAGGCAUUUUCAAAUGGCCAUAGAUGACCAGAGUCAAAUUGUUUUGCCAGCAACAGUAAAAAUCAUAAUGGAUAGUUGGACACACCAGAGUGGUUUUCCAGUUGUUACCUUAAAUGUAUCUACUGGCAUCGUGAAACAGGAGCCAUUUUAUCGUGAAAAUGUUAAAAAUCAGACUCUUCUAACUCACAAUGCCACAUGGAUUGUACCUAUUCUUUGGAUAAAAAGUGGAACUACACAGUCUUUAGUCUGGCUAGAUAAAAGCAGCAAAGUAUUCCCUGAAAUGCAAGUUUCAGAUUUUGAUCAUGACUGGGUGAUUUUAAAUUUGAAUAUGACUGGAUAUUAUAGAGUUAAUUAUGAUAAAUUGGGUUGGAAAAAAUUAAAUCAACAACUUGAAGAAGAUCCUAAGGCUAUUCCUGUCAUUCACAGACUGCAGUUGAUCGAUGAUGCCUUUUCCUUGUCUAAAAACAAUUAUAUUGAGAUUGAAACAGCACUUGAUUUAACCAAGUACCUUGCUGAAGAAGAUGAAAUCAUAGUAUGGCAUGCAGUCUUGGUGAACCUGGUAACCAGGGAUCUUGUUUUUGAUGUGAACAACUAUGAUAUAUACCCAUUAUUAAAGAAGUAUCUAUUAAAGAGACUUACCUCAGUAUGGAAUAUCUAUUCAACUAUAAUUCGUGAAAAUGUGGCAGCAUUGCAAGAUGACUAUUUAGCUCUAAUAUCACUGAGAAAACUUUUUGAAACUGCCUGUUUGUUGGGCCUUGAAGACUGUCUUCAGCUGUCUAGAGAACUCUUCAAAAACUGGGUGAACCAUCCAGAGAAUGAAAUACCUUAUCCAAUUAGAAAUGUGAUUUUAUGUUAUGGCAUUGCCUUGGGAAGUGAUAAAGAAUGGAACUUUUUGUUAAAUAUCUACACUAAUAACACAAAGGAGGAAGAAAAGAUUCAACUUGCUUAUGCAAUGAGCUGCAGUAAAGACCCAUGGAUACUUAACAGAUAUAUGGAAUAUGCCAUCACUACAUCUCCAUUCAUUUUUAAUGAAACAAAUAUAAUUGAAAUUGUGGCAGCAUCUGAAGUUGGCCAGUAUGUUGCAAAGGAAUUUUUAGUCAACAAUUGGCAAGCUGUGAGUGAAAGGUAUGGAACACAAUCAUUGGUUACUCUAUUGUACAUAAUUGGGAGAAGCAUAAGUACAGAUUUACAGAUCAUAGAGCUCCAGCAGUUUUUCAGUCCCAUGUUGGAAGAACACCAGAGGCUCACAGUUCAUGCCAAAUUACAGACAAUAAAGAACAAAAAUCUGAAAAACAAAAACCAAAGUGCCAGGAUAGCUGCAUGGCUACGGAAAAACACAUAA